UUAGCACAUACCUGAUGCAAAUUCUCAAGAUAUAACCGAAGAACGGGCCAUUAAUGAAGAAUAUAAAAUUUGGAAACGGAACACACCCUUUCUUUAUGACAUGCUCAUGUCUCACUGUCUCGAGUGGCCUAGCCUUUCAGCUCAGUGGUUACCAACAGUUGAACGAACUGGCGAAGAUUACUCGGCACACCGGCUAAUUUUGGGCACGCACACGUCAGACGAGCAAAAUCAUUUGUUAAUAGCAACAGUACAUCUUCCGAACGACAAUGCAGAAUUCGACGCUAGUACGUACGAGUCAGAAAAGGGGAAUUUUGGUGGAUUCUAUUAUCCAUCAGGAAAACUAGAAAUAACCAUGAAGAUCAACCACGAAGGUGAAGUCAACCGUGCGCGUUACAUGCCACAAAAUCCCGACGUCAUUGCAACUAAAACACCCAGUGGUGAUGUUCUCGUUUUUGAAUAUCCCCACCAUCCUGUUCGGGCGCCUGCUGAAAGAGGAUGUCAACCGGAUUUACGGUUAAAG